UUCGUAUUAAUAGCAAUUAAAAAAAAAGAAAAUUAGGUUAAAUACGAAGAUACGUUGUUUCAUUAGGAGAAAAGAAGACACGGUCUUUUGAUACACGUGUUGGCUAAAGAGCGUUCAUCUCUUUCUCUCUUCCCCCUCCGUGUCUCUCUCCCUCUCGUAGACGAUACUCGAUGGCAACGAUUCUUCCCCAAUUCUUCAGGGAAAGUCAAAUAUACUUCUACUGUGUUAGAUUAUGGACGGAGGAGGUGGCGAUGGUAGUGGUGCCGCGUACAACCACACACGAUGGAGUUGGUUUUUAGGGAUUUUAUGGAUCGCAGGAAUGGCAUGAUUAAGGCGUUAACCACUGGUAAUAUUUGGUCACUCGCUCUUCGUUUUGUUUCUUCUUCCUCCAUUGUCGUUAAAAAUCUCAACCCUUCAAGGAUUUGUUUAUGGGAUUGACGAAAGUCACUGUUUUUAUUAUGUGUGUGUUUGAAUUGUCUUUGUUGUGCUCUGUUUUGAGCUGAUUGUUGAAAGAUGCAUUAGGGGUUUUGAUAGUUUCUCUGAAUUAUGAGCAAUAAAGGAGUAAAGUUUUGUUUUUUGUUUGUGGGAUUGAUUUCCUCCUAUGAAAGUCUUUGCUUUUUUUAUUUUUUUUAUUUUUUUUGUGUUGUUUUCAUUGUGCUCUGUUUUUCUGAGCUCUCCUUGAAAGCGGAGUAAAGUUUAUAUUUUUGAAUAUUGAUUUUGGAUCCUACAUUGGCCAAAGAACACCAGAUAAAACUGUAAGGGAUGUAGCUCUAAGGUGUAGAUGGAUAAUAAUUUUUAUGACAUUGGGACAAAGUUUAUUAUAUGUGUUUGGUUUGCUUUUGUUUGAACUUGGUUUUAAAAACCAUGCUUCUUUAUGUAAGGUGGUGGAUGCAUCCCCAAAACUGAACAUAGUAGCCAAUCUGCCUCAGCAAAAUGCUUUAUAUGCCAUGAACAAUAACUACCGCAGUACACACAUGCCUUUUGAAGGUAUAAGUGAUGCAGUAAUGGCUCUUUUACAGCAAAACGCUCAAGCUUUUAGUCAAAUUUCGUACAACCUCUCGUGUACAAGUAAUUUAGUCUUCUUUUUCUUUUUGCAAUCCUUUGUGCCUAGUUGAGUGAGAAGAUUGAUAAUGUUUGAUCCGGUUUCCUGGUACAUUCAUGCAAUUAAAACUGGUACAUUCAUGCAAAAUGUUUGAUAAUUUUUUUUUAAAACCCCUAAUUAAGAGACUUGCAAUGGAGCAUAAAAAUGUUUAGGUUUCUUAAUGCUGUCUCUUAAUUCACUUUUACUAUUUUAAAGUAUUAAAAAAUAAAUAAGAGACCCUAAAUGGGUAUAUGGGAUAAUGGUGCUCUUAGGCAGGUUUUAUUAACAGAUCUAAAAUGAGGGGAAUGAAAGUAUU